CAUGAGAUUGAGAGAGUCAUAUGCUUAAAAAAAAUAAUGUAUGCUCAGAAAGAAAGAAAGAAAGACGGAAACAAAUUAUAAUUGAAAACUAGCCGUUACGUCUAGGCUUUGUAAGAAGAAGAGCCACCCCUGCAAAAAAAUCUUAAUGCACCCACCACAAAACUCAACAAUUUCUCUCUCUCAAUACAAGAUUCUUUCUCUCUCUCUCUCUCCCCUGCAAACAUGGUCACGUGCUCUUUCACGCUCACAGGAAAACCCCACCUCUUUGUUCUCACUACUUAACAUUCUUCCAAGUGAUUAGUCCUGUUUCAUCCUUCUCGGCUUCCUAGUUAGUUAGUUAGUUUAACUCUAUCACGAACCAAAGCUAGAAAGACCCAAGCUAGAUGCUUCCUUCUUCUUCUUCUUCUUCUUAUCAGUUUUUUUUUUGGUAUUUUAGAUUUUAGAACUACCCAGUUGAGUUUCUCUUUUUAGUUUGAGAUGAAAAGGGUGACAGAUUGGCUCCACAUUUCGAAAAAGAAGAGAGAAAAGAGGAAGAUUUCUUCUGGGUGUAUGAGAUAUAACCAUUUAUUGUACUUUUCUCUUCUGUUACUGAUAUGGGUCUUUCAGCCGGUUUCAGGCCAAGAUUGGGAUGGUGUAAUAGUCACGGCAGCUGAUUUUCAAGCCCUUCAAGCGUUUAAGCAGGAACUAACUGACCCAAAAGGGUUUUUGAGGAGCUGGAACGAUAGUGGCUAUGGAGCUUGCUCUGGUGGUUGGGUUGGAAUCAAAUGCGCUCAGGGACAGGUUAUUGUUAUACAGCUUCCGUGGAAGGGAUUGGGUGGUCAAAUCACUGAGAAUAUUGGUCAACUUCAGGCCCUUCGUAAGCUCAGCCUCCACGAUAAUCUUAUUGGGGGUUCGAUCCCUUCAGCAUUGGGGUUCCUUCCCAAUCUCAGAGGAGUUCAACUAUUCAACAAUCGGCUUUCAGGUUCAAUCCCUCCUUCAUUGGGUUUUAGUCCUAUGCUUCAGACUCUUGACCUUAGUAAUAACUCACUAAGUGGGACUAUCCCACCUAGUCUUGCAAACUCUACUAAGCUUUUUAGAGUCAAUCUUAGUUUCAAUUUGUUUUCUGGGUCUAUCCCUUCUAGCCUUACUGGCUUACCAUCAAUCAUCUUCCUUUCUCUUCAACACAACAAUCUCUCUGGUGCUAUGCCCGGCUCUUUGAGUAGGAGUCUUCACUCCUUAACCCUUGAUCAUAACUCUCUCUCAGGAAGUUUACCUGCUUCUUUGGGAAUGUUAACUAGGAUUGAAGAGGUUUCCCUUAAUGGAAACAAAUUUAUUGGAGUCAUUCCAAAUGAAAUAGGGAGGCUUUCUAAGCUUAAAACACUUGAUCUCUCAAAUAAUGCCAUAAAUGGAAGCUUGCCCACUAGUCUUUCUAAUUUGUCCUCACUUGUUUUGUUGAAUUUGGAGGGAAACAACCUUGAUUUUCAAAUCCCAGAAGAGCUUGGGAGAUUGCAUAACCUUUCUGUUCUCAACCUUAGAGGAAACCAGUUAAAGGGUUCAAUUCCAGCUACCCUUGGAAACAUUUCUACGCUUACUCAACUUGAAUUGUCACACAAUAAUCUCAACGAAUCAAUACCUGCUUCCCUUUCUGCUUUAUCACAUCUUGUUCUUUUCAAUGUUUCCUACAAUAACCUCUCCGGUUCUGUUCCAACUACUCUGGCACAAAAGUUCAACUCAAGCUCUUUUGUUGGGAAUAUCCAACUAUGUGGAUACAGUGGCUCAAUCCCAUGCCCUUCUGAAGUACCUUCUCAAGGAGCCACGCCUCCAUCCCCUCAGAGAUUGAAAUCUCAUCGACAUAAACUAAGUACGAAAGACAUAAUUCUUAUAGCAGCGGCUGCUCUCCUUUUAGUUUUGCUCAUACUAUGUUGCAUUUUACUAUAUUGCCUGUUAAGGAGGAGGACUGCGUCAAAAGCCAAAGAUGGCCAGGGCACCGGAAGAGCUGGUGCGGUUGCAAGGACCGAAAAGGGGGUCCCGGUUGUGGGAGGUGAAGCAGAAUCCAGUGGAGAGGCCGGAGGAAAACUAGUCCACUUUGAUGGAUCAGUGGUCUUCACAGCAGAUGAUCUUUUGUGUGCAACAGCUGAGAUAAUGGGAAAGAGCACUUACGGGACUGUCUACAAGGCCACACUAGAAGAUGGGCAUGAAGUUGCAGUCAAGAGAUUAAGGGAGAAGAUCACAAAAAGUCAUAGGGAAUUCGAGACAGAGGUUAAUGUUUUGGGAAAAAUUCGACACCCAAAUCUCUUGGCUAUGAGAGCUUAUUACAUGGGUCCUAAAGGAGAGAAGCUCCUUGUUUUUGAUUACAUGUCAAAAGGGAAUCUUGCAACUUUUCUCCAUGCUCGAGAACCUGAAACAACGAUUAAUUGGCCAACAAGAAUGAAAAUAGCUCAGGGCAUGACUCGCGGCCUGUUCUACCUCCAUUCUAACGAGAAUAUCAUUCAUGGAAACCUAACAUCCAGCAAUAUCUUACUGGACGAGCAAACAAACGCAAAAGUAGCAGACUUCGGACUCUCCAGGCUAAUGACAACUGCCGCUGCCUCAAAUGUGAUUGCUACUGCUGGUGCACUGGGCUACCGUGCACCAGAGCUUUCAAAGCUCAAGAAAGCUAACACGAAAACCGACGUGUACAGCCUUGGGGUCAUCAUGUUGGAACUUCUAACAGGGAAAUCCCCAGGUGAGACAACGAAUGGUCUUGAUUUGCCACAGUGGGUGGCUUCCAUUGUAAAAGAAGAGUGGACAAACGAAGUUUUUGACUUGGAAUUGAUGAGAGAUGCUCCAAGCGUUGGUGACGAGUUAUUGAACACCUUAAAAUUGGCUUUGCAUUGUGUUGAUCCUUCACCAUCAGCCAGACCAGAAGUUCAGCAGGUUCUUCAGCAACUUGAAGAGAUUAGACCUGACAAUGCCAGUGCAAGUUCUGGUGAUGAUGGAAUUGGAGCCCCUUCCACUAGCGAGUAAAACAAAAGAAAACUAGUGAUGGAUUCCAGAAUACGACAGGAUAUGUAUUCUGGUGCCAUAAGAAUAGUAGAAGUAGGUACAUUAGUUGAUGAAUUCUUUCAUUCUUCAAUGGUAAUUUUGCUUUGGUAGAGAGAUCACUUAGGCUUGUAAAUACACGUUUGUUUUGAUCCAUUUGAGUGUUCAUUUUCUUCGUAUUA